UGAGUGUGGGAGCAGAGGCACAACUACCAGUCCUUGUUUUGCUUCGUGUGAGUUUGUGAGAGGUAGGAAGCUACCCGGAAAGUGAUUCCUUCCGCAGCAAAAGAUAUUUAUAACCAAAAAGCGCUUUCGGUUUUCUUCAUCACCAAUCCAGUCCAUACAUAACAUAACAGACACCCAGAAACCUUUUGUUUGAGUUUGAGGAAUAUAGAAAGAUGAAAAUGGGUAAAGGUGUGAUUUUUGGUGUUGUGGUGGUGGUCAUGUGCCUAUGUGGAAAAUGGGUGGAAGCAGAGAUGCAUCAUGUGGUGGGUGGCGACCGUGGGUGGGAUCCAACCUCAGACCUCGUUUCUUGGUCUUCGGGCAGGGUGUUCAGGGUCGGAGACCAAAUUUGGCUCACCUACUCUGUGGCCCAGGGAUUAGUGGCAGAGCUGAAGAGCAGAGAGGAAUAUGAGGCGUGUGAUGUGAGCAACCCCAUCAAGAUGUACACAGAGGGUUUGCAUACUAUUCCACUUGAAAGGGUAGGAAUCAGGUACUUUGUGAGCAGUGAACCCGAGAACUGUAAAAAUGGACUCAAGCUACCCGUUGAGGUUCAGCCCAAGGCCACACGAAUCAUAAAUUCUUCUACCCUAACAGAUGAGGCUGCUGGGCCAGCUGCUCCUUCUGGUUCGGCCCGUUAUGGACGCAACACCAUGUUAAUGCUCACGGUAAUAUUUUGCGUCAUUAUAGGCCUUGCUUAUUGACGUCUUACACAAGCCUAUUUCUGAGGACUGAGGAGAAUAAUUGAUUCUCUACGUGUAUUUAGACAAUAUUUUGGGAUUUGGGAAAUUGUUAUGUCACAAUUUAUUUUUUAAAUGUGAGACGUAUGUCUAGUUUGAGAAAGAUAUUGGUUGUUUUUAAUACUGUUCUAUGAAUUUAUGUAGAAUC